AAGGAUCAAAUACACCUCCAAAGAAAAGUAAGGAUGUUGCCCCUUGUUCUUUUGUUCGCCACCGCCCUGGCCAGUGGGCCCCCAGUCGACAUUGACGACCCAGAUUCCUGUUUGGCGACUGGUUAUCUACCUGGUAUAGACUUUGGAGAGGACUGUUGUUCGUUUGUUGUCUGUGAUGACGCACAACUGAACAAGACUGGAUACGUAGGCAAGUGUAUGGGAGGUACUGUGUGGAACGAUGUCCUGGUUGUAUGUGAUGAUGCCAAGCAGGUUCCCGAUUGCGACCCACUCAGCUGUGCCGUCCCAAAGAGAACCAAUGCCGA